AUGGGAUUCACUUUGGGUUUAAAGACAUUCUUGGUCCUUGUUGUUGCUGUUUUUAAUGUGAACCAAGCUCUUGGAAAACCGCACAACCCACAAGAAUUGGCUGACGGAACAGACUACAGAUUCCCGAACGCAAACAUCACGACAAACCAACACGUGGAAAAAGCCGCUCUCAGACAAAAUGGCGACAGUAUGGAAGGCCUAGAGUUCCUGCGAAAUUUCUGCUCUGAUGAAAAAGUCCAGAAGAUGCAGUCACCUUGCGAGGCUGGAUGGUAUCUGUGCUAUGGGUAUUUUGAAAUUCUUUGCAAUAACUUCAGCCUUGCUUGUUUUCGUGGCUCGGAUAAGUAUGGCCCUCCUCUGUGUGUUCCGCGAUAUAGUUGGGUGACAAUUAAUUUGGGCACUGAAGGAAUAAGACGUGUGAGAAGAACCAUUGCCUGCAGCUGUGCAUAA